AUGGACCCCUCAAUCAUGGAAAAGCAAUGGGACGAACUCCCCGACCCCAAACGCGUCUGGGUAGGCCACCCAGGCAGCCGAGAAGAAGGUCUCGGCCGUCUGGUUCUGCUGACGCCAGAGCGGGUGGCUUCAGCCGCACAGACACAGAUCAAGACUGGGAUACGCGUCAAUCUCGGUUGGGAUCUGAAUAAGCUUGAGUUUGCGUGCUUUAACCGGCAGCCGUGCGAGCUCAAGAUGGUGCCGCUUCUGGGUGGUGUUGCUUUUGACGAUAUUUACGUUAUGAAUCCUCAGCAGAGUAGUCAGUGGGAUGGACUGAGACAUUUUUCUAUGCCGAGGGAGGAGGGGAGUGAGGAGAGGGUGUUUUAUGGGGGGACGACGAAGGAGGAGAUUCUGGAUAGGGAGAAUGAUCGUAUUGGUAUUCAUCAUUGGGCACAAGAAGGAAUAACAGGACGCGGAGUUCUAAUCGACUACGCAUCAUGGGCUGAGAAGAAGGGCAUCACCUACUCAACCUUCUCUCUACACACCAUCAAACUCAGCGACAUCCACCAGAUCGCCAAGGAAUGUAACAUCACUUUCCAGCGCGGCGACAUUCUUCUUGUUAGAAUCGGCGUGAUCCAAGAAUGGGAGCAUACAAUGGAUGUAGAUGCCAAAAAGGCAUACGCUGCUACAACAAGCCCUCAACAUGCAGGUGUCGAAGGAACAAUGGAAGUGCUCCAGUGGAUAUGGAACACGGGCUUUGCAGCUGUGGCGGGCGAUGCUAUUAGCUGGGAGGUGUAUCCGCCAAGUGAAGGGGGUGUUUUGAUGCAUGAGUAUAUGCUGGCUGGAUGGGGCAUGCCGAUUGGUGAAUUAUUUGAUUUGGAGAGAUUGGCUGAGACAUGCAAGAAAUUGAACCGCUGGACGUUCUUCAUAUCAUCUUCGCCGUUCAACAUGAAGGGCGGUAUUUCCUCGCCACCAAAUGCCCAAGCAAUUUUCUAG